GGAUGUGGACUUUAAAACAGCGUUUCUCAACAUCUCAUCCUCAACUAUCUAUUUUAAAUCUGAUUGCACUACAAAGGAAAAGCUGCUAACGGGAUAAAUGUUGAGACUUUACAAGAACUGACUUAAAGUACCGAAAGCCAUUAUUACUAUUAUUAUCAAUCAAGAAGAGCUUGAAGCUGAGUCUGUAUCUAACCAGUUGGUAUCAUUUUCACAGUAACAGUCAUGGCAAGUAAACGAAAAUCAACAACACCGUGCAUGGUCUUAGCCAAUGAGCAGGACCCGGAUCUGGAAAUGGUAUCGGACCUGGAGGAAGGACAACCUGUGCUUACGCCAGCAGAAAACCCUACAGCAGAGAGUGUAACAAGUGAUGAGGAUGUUCAUGAGUAUGUGGAUUCAGACAAUCAGAAAAAUACAAAUAAAGUAGAAGGUGGUUAUGAGUGUAAAUACUGUACUUUUCAGACUCCAGAUCUCAAUAUGUUUACUUUUCAUGUGGAUUCAGAACAUCCCAACGUAGUGUUAAAUUCAUCCUAUGUUUGUUUAGAAUGUAAUUUCCUUACCAAAAGAUAUGAUGCCCUCUCAGAACAUAAUGUGAAGCACCACCCUGGAGAGGAGAAUUUUAAAUUGACCAUGGUAAAACGUAAUAAUCAGACAAUCUUUGAACAAACAGUAAAUGAUCUCACUUUUGAUGGAAGUUUUGUUAGAGAAGAAAAUGCUGGACAGACCGACUCUUCUGAGGUCCCAUCAUCAGGGAUCUCAAUUAGCAAAACUCCUAUCAUGAAAAUGAUGAAAAACAAAACCGAGGCUAAACGUAUCGCUGUUUUCCACAAUGUAGUUGAUGACAUUCCUGGUGAAGAAAAGGGAACUGAAAAUGAGCCAAACUCUGAAGAAGUAGUAGAAAACCCCCCACCGGCAGUUUCUGAGUCAAAAACAAGCCAUUCAGUUGUUUGCAGUGCAGCAGAUGUGGCCGGUGCAGUGGUGACCCCGGCACCAGUGCUUCAGCCUGGGGUGGCACAGGUUAUCACAGCUGUUACAGCUCCACAGAACUCAAACCUGAUUCCGAAAGUCCUAAUACCUGUAAAUAGCAUUCCAGCCUAUAAUACUGCUUUGGAUAACAAUCCUCUUUUGCUUAACACCUACAACAAAUUCCCAUAUCCAACCAUGUCGGAAAUCACUGUUCUUUCCACUCAAGCCAAGUACACAGAGGAACAGAUUAAAAUAUGGUUUUCUGCCCAGCGUCUGAAGCACGGUGUGAGCUGGACGCCAGAGGAAGUGGAGGAAGCAAGGAGGAAACAAUUUAAUGGCACAGUACAUACUGUGCCACAGACAAUUACCGUUAUUCCAGCACACAUUUCUGCCGCUAGCAAUGGUUUACCUUCCAUUUUACAGACAUGCCAAAUAGUUGGUCAGCCAGGACUUGUUCUCACUCAAGUUGCAGGUGCAAAUACAUUACCAGUAACAGCCCCAAUAGCUUUGACUGUAGCGGGAGUCCCAAACCAAACACAGCUACAGAAGAGUCAGAUUCACAGUGCUCAGCCUAUUGCAGAAACCAAACAAGUAGCUGCUGUUCCAGCCCCUCAGCCCAUCAAAAAUGAAUCCACAGUGAUGAAUCCUGACUCCUUUGGCAUCCGAGCAAAAAAGACUAAGGAACAACUGGCAGAAUUGAAAGUCAGCUACCUUAAAAAUCAGUUUCCUCAAGACUCAGAGAUUGUUAGACUUAUGAAAAUAACAGGCUUGACUAAAGGAGAGAUCAAAAAGUGGUUCAGUGAUACACGCUACAAUCAGAGAAACUCAAAGAAUAAUCAUGGGAUUCACCUCAACAGCGAUUCAUGUGCCACCAUUGUUAUUGAUUCAAGCGAUGAAAUGAAUGAGUCCCCAACAGGAGUCACUCCACAGAGCAAGUCAUCGUGGAGUGCUUUUCCUGAUUUCACCCCACAGAAAUUCAAAGAGAAGACUGCUGAACAACUGCAAGUCCUCCAAGCAAGUUUUCUGAAUAACCCUGUCCUCACUGAUGAAGAGAUGAAUAGGUUAAGAGCCCAAACCAAACUGACUAGGAGAGAGAUUGAUGCCUGGUUUACAGAAAAGAGGAAAUCAAAUGUCUUGAAGGAAGAGGGAGCUGACUUGAAUGAAAGCAAUGCUGGCAGCUCAAAAGAAGAGGCUGGAGAAACAUCUGUGGGAGAUGGAGCAGCAGGGACAAAAUCAGGGUGUUCCACUUCGAGCAAAGUAGGCAAAAAAUCACCAGAGCAGUUGCACAUGCUCAAAAGUUCCUUUGUCCGUACUCAGUGGCCAUCUCCACAAGAAUACAACAAGCUGGCAGAAGAAACUGGGCUUCCAAGAUCAGAAAUUGUGAGUUGGUUUGGAGAUACUCGCUAUGCCUGGAAAAAUGGUGGAUUGAAAUGGUAUUACUAUUACCAGAGUGCCAGUGCAAACAGUCUGAACGGCCAAGGUUUUUCCAGGAGGAGAGGGAGAGGAAGACCAAAAGGGAGAGGGAGAGGGAGGCCUCGGGGGAGGCCUCGGGGAAGCAAGAGGUUAAAUUGCUGGGACAGAGGUGUGUCUGUCAUAAAAUUUAAAACUGGAACAGCAAUCCUGAAGGACUACUAUAUGAAGCACAAAUUCCUUAAUGAGCAAGACCUCGAUGAACUGGUAGCCAAAUCUCACAUGGGAUAUGAGCAGGUCAGAGAGUGGUUUGCAGAGAGGCAAAGAAGAUUAGAUCUUGGAAUAGAGCUGUUUGAUGAGAACGAGGAGGAAGACGAAAUGCUGGACGAUCAGGAAGAUGAGGAAGAAACGGACGAUAGUGAUACUUGGGAACCCCCCAGACAUGUUAAACGUAAACUUUCAAAAACAGACUGAUGUACAAUUUGGGAUUUGGGGGCCAAAAACCUAUGAAUUAGGUUUGAUGUUACAGUGAAGAGCCAAAUGAUUUUUCAUGGCCUUCAGUUUAGCAAGCAGCUGCUUAGCGUCUUUCUUCCACCUACAAGAACAUGGGCAAGAUGCUACCUGUGGAGGCAACAACUGCUUGCUUCGUUGCUACAAGAGAUGAACAUCCUCAGGCCCAGCCUAGGACAGGGGGUUAUAAAUCAGAUCAAGUUCAGCUCCUUUUCCACAUCACUGAUGGGAAGGUUCAUGUUCAUCAUACAUGUGACUGCUUCUCAGUAUUUAAUUGCCUUAUGUUGUUUGAUUCCAAAAAAACACAGACACCUUUUUUUGUUGAUGUAGGAGAACAUUUUGCCUGCUCAUGAAGGAGGAAAACACAAAAACCUUAGAUGUCUUUUUGGAAACAUCACUUCAUCUUAAAAGUUUCAAGGCCUGGGUUUAUUUCUUAAGGAAAGAGUUCGAAACAAAAAGAGAAGGGGAAAAGUGUGACAAAAGGAAUCAAUGAACCUAGGGAUACCUAUCAGGAAACUCUCCAUAAAGAGUCUGCUAGAACAACAGAAGAUUCAAGUCUUCAUCUAUGCUACAAAACAAUGAACCACAACAGCUCUGCUAUGAUUUUGGAAUGGUGCCCCCACCCUCCAAGUUUCAGCUUACAAAAGUAUUUCCAACCCUGCAUAGUUGGCUAUCUGCAUGUGUGCUUACAGUCUGUACAGAAAUGCACUAAAAUGAGUUGCCCUACCUGGGAAGGCUUUAUAUUGUAUAGAAAAUGUGGCACUAGGUACUGCUCUUCAUGUGCACAGGAGAGUUAACAGGUGUCAGUCUCGUUUACAGAAAUGAUGGCGCUUUGCAAUUUUCUAUAAUAUAUUGCAAUAUAUUUAAAUGUCCUGUUUGACAUGUGAAAUGAAAUUAAGUUAAUGCAUUGUUAUGUAUUUGAAGUAUGAGGAAGAUGAUUCACUAACGACCAGCAAGGUUUUUAGAAAGGUGUCCAGUAUGUAGCUGUCUGUGUGAUCUGUCUGGUGUAUGUGAUGUUAAAGGAAGCAACAAUACUGUCACUGUUUAGAAUGAAGAGUUUCUUUUGAGUGAUGCAAUAGCUUACAAUGUCUUUCCUUUGUAGCUGCCCAAUGUGGUGAAGGGGAAGCAAUUCUUGAAAAAUUUCAAGAUAACUGGUUAACUGUGAAUGGGCCUAAUCUUUCGUGAAACCAAGAAAAUUUUUGGACACACACAGGACUUGAAUACUCAAAAGGAUUGGAACUUAGUGUUGUGCCAAAGUUAAACUACUGCAAUUGGCAGUUCUGCACUGUAAAUAGAAGACUGAUUAAAAGACAGCUUGUAAAAAAAAAAUCAAAUUUUAAUACAGUACGUUUUUAUUCUGAUACAUGAUGGAAACAUUCUGUUUUAGACCUUUUUUGAAGAGGCUUCAGUGACCACUAGAUUUUGUCCUCUUAUAUUUUGUUUGGCCUAAUACUAUAUGUUCUAGUAAGAUGGGCUUUAUUGCCUGUGUUCUUUGAUAUGUGAUUAAGCUUAUAGCUUUGAGUGACCAAACAUUUUACAGAGUAAAAGUUCUUAGAAACAGUAUAAUGUAACUGAUAUUUCUGUGUCUUAUUUAUCAGGCUCUGCACAAACUUGGAAGGUUGUGCUGGACUUGUACAACUCAUAUAUGGGAAUGCAGCAUACUUCUGGAUAUCAAAAACCUAAGCCUUUGUGGCCGAAUGGAUCUUGUCUUUGGAUUUAUUUUUGUUAUUUUUUUUGAGGCAAAGAAACGAAUGGAUGCUGCUGUAAAAUAUUUGUAAUAUUGCCAUUAUUGCUUUCUGUAGCAAUUAUUGCUUUUGCUUCAACAGAUAAAGAAAAUAAAUCAGAGAUAGAAAAAUCCUAAAAGACACUAGUAGAAGAAAGGAUCAUGUGAGAACUUCUGAAAAUAAACUUUGUACCAAAAAUUUGAAAACAGAAAUAAUGGAAUAAAUAUCUCCUUACUGAG